AUGAAGAACCAUAUUUGUUCUAUAGGCUUUGCUCUCUUGAUCUUUCUUCUUCUUAUGAAGUGGUCAGGUACUGCUGAAGCACAAACUUGCAAACCCAGCGGUAAGAUAAAUGGGAAAAAGACUCCUCCUGGACAGUGUAAUAACGAGAACAACGCUGAUUGUUGCGUGCAUGGCAAGUCUUACACCACUUACAAGUGUUCACCACCGGUGUCUAGUCAUACAAAGGCCAAGUUAACCAUCAACAGCUUUGAGAAAGGUGGGGAUGGUGGUGGACCAUCAGAAUGCGACAACAAGUAUCAUUCAAAUAACACUCCCGUGGUGGCACUGUCAACAGGAUGGUUCAACAAUAAGAAGAGAUGUUUGAAUUAUAUCACAAUCCACGCCAAUGGUAGGAGUGUCAAGGCGAAAGUGGUAGAUGAGUGUGAUUCUACCACAGGAUGUGAUGCCGAACAUGCUUAUCAACCUCCGUGUCCUAACAACAUUGUUGAUGGCUCUAAAGCCGUUUGGAAGGCAUUAGGAGUGCCAGAAAGUGAUUGGGGUGAAUUAGAUAUAUAUUGGUCUGAAACUUGCAAACCCAGCGGUAAGAUAAAUGGGAAAAAGACUCCUCCUGGACAGUGUAAUAACGAGAACAACGCUGAUUGUUGCGUGCAUGGCAAGUCUUACACCACUUACAAGUGUUCACCACCGGUGUCUAGUCAUACAAAGGCCAAGUUAACCAUCAACAGCUUUGAGAAAGGUGGGGAUGGUGGUGGACCAUCAGAAUGCGACAACAAGUAUCAUUCAAAUAACACUCCCGUGGUGGCACUGUCAACAGGAUGGUUCAACAAUAAGAAGAGAUGUUUGAAUUAUAUCACAAUCCACGCCAAUGGUAGGAGUGUCAAGGCGAAAGUGGUAGAUGAGUGUGAUUCUACCACAGGAUGUGAUGCCGAACAUGCUUAUCAACCUCCGUGUCCUAACAACAUUGUUGAUGGCUCUAAAGCCGUUUGGAAGGCAUUAGGAGUGCCAGAAAGUGAUUGGGGUGAAUUAGAUAUAUAUUGGUCUGAUGUUUAA